UCGAUGAACGUGCCCCACCCGUGUUUGGUGGGGAGCAUCGUUAUGUGUUUGCAGUGUUCCGUUGUGCGCCCGCACCACGCCGGCUUUAUAUAACUUCCCUUGGCUGGCUGUUUGUGUUGCAAAUAUCCAACCGGCAAACAAAUCCGGAUAGCCGAUCCAUAUAACAGAACGCGCUCAUCAGCCACCGAUAUUCAGUCGCUUUUGAUGUGGUUUAUCGAACGGUAGCGCAUUCUCAGGUCACCUCAGGUGUGAGAUACAGUUCAAGAAUAAGACAAUCUACGUAUUCUUAUCACUUGGUACUGCAGGUGUUUCGGAUUGUGGUGUUUCGAUUGCCAUCCUGGAGUGUUGGAUUGCAAAAAAAAAACUGUGCGUAUGUUGGGAAGCCAUUCGGUGAAAGUGACCUUGAGACGGUGAGUGCUGAUUGUGAUAAGCACGUUUGACCUUGCGUUACUGUGCUGCCCGAACGAUCGGCCCGUUACUAGCGCAAUGGAAGCGGAAGGAAGUUGCAUGACGAUAACGGAACUGUUGGAGCGAAAACAAAGACAAUGCACCGAUUAUGUUGAUGGAGUGGAUGAUUGCAAGGAAAAGUUUCCCUCCUUAGGACCGAUGCUGGCCUCCAAGCUGGGUGGUUUUUGCAAUCGAAAAUUGUUACUCAAGCGGAUGCCGAUACUCCAAUGGAUGCCCAAAUAUGAGGCCGGAUUCAUAGUGGAGGAUCUCGUAGCGGGACUGUCGGUUGGACUGACCGUCAUUCCUCAGGGUAUUGCUUUCGCCGUAAUGGCCAACCUGGAGCCACAGUAUGGAUUGUAUUCGGCGUUUAUGGGCUGUUUCGUGUACUGUUUGUUUGGAAGUUGCAAGGAUCUGACGAUCGGUCCGACAGCCAUCAUGGCGCUUAUGGUGCAGGUGUACAUUGCGGGACUCGGGGCGGACUUUGCGGUGUUGCUCACAUUUCUGACCGGCUGCAUUAUCCUAAUGUUUGGUUUACUGAAUUUGGGAUUCUUGGUUCAAUUUAUAUCGAUGCCAGUCACUGCGGGAUUCACUUCUGCUGCCGCCAUAACGAUCGCUAGUGGUCAGGUCAAAUCACUACUCGGUUUACCUGGACGUUCGAAUGAAUUCAUCGAUUCGUGGGAAAAUGUGUUUAAGCAUUACGAUGAAACGAAACUAUGGGAUGCACUCCUUGGAACCGCAACUAUCGUAGUGCUGCUAGUACUGCGAAGUUUGCGCGGCAAAUGGUCUGGAGUAGGAAAGUAUCUUGCCCUUUCUCGCAAUGCGGUCGUCGUGAUUGGAGGUGCGGCACUGGCCUACUACUUCGACGCAUCCGGCAGUAAACCCUUCUCAUUGACUGGUACUGUCACACCAGGAUUGCCACCCCUAAGCCCACCUCCCUUCAGUACGGUGCUGAACAACCAGACGCUUACCUUCCCCGAGAUGUCCUCUAAGCUCGGAUCGGCCGUCAUCGCGCUACCACUAAUCGCAAUACUCGAGACAAUUGCCAUCGUGAAGGCUUUCUCCAAGGGAAAGACAAUCGACGCAACGCAGGAAUUGAUAGCGUUGGGGCUGUGCAACAUCGCUGGUUCGUUCGUGUCUUCAAUGCCCGUAACAGGAUCGUUUACGCGCACUGCGGUCAAUAACAACAGUGGUGUGCGAACACCAUUGGGCGGGCUCGCCACCGGUAUACUGGUGCUACUGUCGCUCGGUCUACUAACGGAUACGUUCUACUUCAUACCAAAGUCCGUGCUAGCCGGUGUGAUGAUAGCGGCCAUGUUCUUUAUGAUCGAAUUCCACGCAGCAGCGGAAAUCUGGCGCACGAAGAAGGUGGACAUUAUUCCGUUUAUCGUGACGCUGGUGGCCUGCCUUCUGCUUGGGCUCGAGUACGGCAUGCUGAUAGGCAUUGUGCUGAACGUUUGCUUUGUGCUUUAUAUGACAUCGAGACCGGGCAUCGAUCAGGCGCUGCUCCGCACGAGCAGUGGCAUUGAGGCCAUGGUCGUGAAACCAGAUCAAAGCCUUAUCUAUUCCUCCGUCGAAUACUUGAAGCACGAAAUAGUGAAAAUGGUGGAUAAGUCUCAAGUGUGUACGGUGAUAAUCGACGGUAGCUGCAUGAGCUAUGUCGAUUCGACGGCGGCCAAAGUUCUCUUGAGCACCGUUGAAGAACUGGCACUUCGCCAGCGUACAGUAUUACUGUGGAACUGUAACCGGUCGGUAAGGUGCACGUUGUGCCGGUUAGACAAGCAAUUGUUUUAUCCACUGUUCAAAUCGGGCGAUUUGGCAGAGCUAUCCAGGCAAGUGUCCUGCCAGGACGCACCGUAGUCAUAGUAAAGGUAGCGCGAGACAUUCUCGGUGAGGUGUGGAGCAACAAAAUUCCCAAAGUGAUCAGCCAGUUUGUCAGUAUUGAGUCAGAGAAGAGUAUUCUAGUUUCUUUAUGUCUAGUUGGGCGAAUAAAACGAAGCGGGUACUUUUAUGUUAGGCAGCUGUAA